AUGACAGCACUCCCAGGCAAUCUUCUUCCCUACGGUACACAUCAAAGCCGCGGGCAGCGUUUCCAGGAUUGGAUUGAAAACCCAGCAGCUGCGGACUGUAUUGUUAACCCAUGCGCUCUAACAUUCGAUGCACUUUCGGCCUGGGGUAACGUAUGGGAGGAUCUCGAAUAUCCUGAUUCCGAUUCUGACAACGAAGACGAACAUGAAGAAGUUGCCGACGCUGUGGCCGAGUUCGGGUUUGACGACAAUGUAGCUAUGCAGAUCGUCACUCGUGAAGAACCAGCAAUUUCAGCUGGAUCAAAGGAGGUUUGGAAUGACUGGCGGUCAGUCAUUUCAAAGAGCUGCAUUUUUAUCAUGGGAAUGUUCAGAAUUACGGGCCCCCACGUUUCAGAAAUCGCCCAUGUUCUAUACACGAGGAAAUACCCCAUCAACACUCUGAAGUAUAUCAUGGCGAUCGACAUUGGAAACAAAGACACGCGCGACUUGGUCCAAACCCAGAUCUUCUCGGCAGGAAAUGGACUCGACUGGAAGACAUCCGGAAAUCAAACCUUUGCGUUUGGCACUGCAGAAUACGAAGCCAUCCAUCCUCGGAACAAGGAUUUCUUUCACUUGCGAUUCGACAUUGAGAAAAUCCCGAAGAAGCGUCGCAGAGCUGCAAUCGAUGAUGGUGAAGGGGAUGAACGGCCGCGGAAACGACGUCGGGGCCCCGAUAAGGAUUACGACGGUCCUGCAAAACGUACCAGACGAGCUGUUGAGAUCAAAGAGCUAUGGUCGUGA